AUGCAGUUCUCCCUCGCCUUCCUCGCCGCCGUCCUCUCGGCCACCAGCGUCACCGCCGCCCCCGCCGCCGGCACCGUCAACAUGAUGGCCGCAUCACCCCAGUGGACCAUCGAAAACAUGCAGCGCAGCUGCGCCAAGGACGACAGCUCGUGCACCUGGAACUUCAAGGUCAACACUCACUCGGGUGCUGCCACCACCUGCAAGUUCGUCGUCAAGGGCAGCAAGGCCUCUCAGCGCAACGGCGGCCCUGUCAAGUGCGGUGAUUUCACCGUCACCUCUGGCUGGAGUGGCCAGUUUGGUCCUGGAAAUGGAUUCACCACUUUCUCGGUUGUCUCCUCUAAGAGACAGAUUGUUUGGCCUGCUUAUACUGAUAAGCAGGUUCAGGGUGGAAAGGUUGUUAAGCCUAACCAGUCUUACACUCCUGCCAACCUUCCCAAGUAA